AUGACCAGGAAAAUCGUUGCUUUUCUUCUACUCACUAUCAUCGUUUUUGGUAGGUUUUUAAUAAUAACACAUUUAUUCUCUUCAGCCACCUAGGAAUAAAAAAAUUAUUUAAAAAAAAACAAAAAAAAAUUAAUAAAAAUAUUUUGUAUUAUUCUAAAUGCUUCUUUCGCGCAAAUCCUGUUAUUGUCUCAAUGAAAAAAAAUGUAAAAACUAGAGUUUGAGAAGAAGAGAGAUUCAAAAAAUACGUUUUGACGUUUGUUUGAAGCAGCAAUCAUUCCAGGCAAAGACAGUCUGACGCCUUUGAAAGUCGGUUCCGCCACCAGUAACCGAUUUUCAUUGAAAGUUCUUAUUUGUUUGAUUAAACCAACUACUGUUAUGCGCACCACGGUCUCCAGAGCUGACAAUAUAGGCGUGGCCUCGGCCAAAUGGCGUUUUCAUAAAUUGAGCAGGUUUUCUCUGAUUUUUGUGGUCAACGGCGAUGAAAAAUGAUUGUUCGACAUGAAAACACACUAAUUCUCACAGAAUUAAUGACGUUUUGGCGCAUUUUUCGUGGACUUUGAUUUUUCGCCUUCGCCGCCGAUCGCCGCCUAAAAACCGCACUUUUCAUUUUGCGUUUUCUUUCAUUUUGCGUUUUUCUCUCCCAGGACGCUAAUGCUAAACACAGUGCGCUCGUAAAUUGCGGAGUGUCGUUGUAACUUUUGAAAAUUUGCAGGUCUAAAAAUGCAGUUCAAUUCGAGGAACCUUUAUAUUUCAGCUCAUUUUGCAUUUCAUGAGCCCAACGAACGAUAAAAAUGUUCGCUGAAUCUUUCUUCACAAAAUUCAGGUUCCGGCGGUUAGUUUUCUUGAGCAGUUUUCGAAAACUAAUCGAAAAACAUCAAAAUCCAGGCCAAAACCUUCAAAUCGAAAUAACUCGGCUAAUUCUCAACGAUAUGUGAGAUUUCUGUUACCAAAACGUAACUAGUGCUCUAAUUAUUCGAAUCCAGGUUCCAGGCGUACAAAAAAAUAGGUGUAUUAUACAGAAAACAUGGAAAGAACGCGAACUCCCGUUGAAAAUUAAUUAAUCGGCCGCCGCGUAAAUCGACACAGCCCGCCUGUUGCAAGUGCGCCCCAUUGAAAUUAUUCGCGCCGUGGGAGACCGUGCGUUUUCAGAAAGAAUUGGUUUUGAGAAUGAUAAAUCACGUAAAUACAAGCAUUUUGAGCGCUCGAACCGCGAAAACUACCGAAAGCAACUGAAAUUCACGCAGUUUUAGCCAAAAACCUUCAAACGGAUAAAUGUGAUUUGCGACUUGACCAAAUUUAACGCUCUUGCGCUUAAAAAAUUCGUAAUAGCCUAUACAAUCGGUCUAUCGAGAGACAAAUGAGAAAUUAUCGAUUUUUCGUGGCCAACCUGGCAAAAAACACAAAUUUUGCUGUUAAAAUUUGAAUUUCGCGCCAAUGUAUCGCUCUAUUGGGCGGGGCGCACUUGCACCCAUUUUCAGCUCUGGAGACCGUGUUAUGUGUCAUUUUUUGGCAUCAAAACGUUAUUUUCAGAAGUGUUAGCCCACGGCGGCGGAGGCGGUGGCGGAGGAGGAGGUCAUGGUGGAGGUGGAGGAGGACACGGAGGACACGGCGGGGACCAUGGAGGACAUGAUCAUGGAGGACACAAUCAUGGAGGACACGAUCACGGAUGGGGUGGUCACGGAGGAGAUCACGACCACGGAGGCAAUGGCGGAGGCGGCGGCGGAUGGGGAGGAGGAUACAGACCAGAGAUGUUGGGAAUUCCGUGUUCCGUGUUCCGUGUUCCGUGUUCCGCGUUUUUUUGCAAUAUUUUUUCCGUGUUCCGUGUUCCGUAAAAAAAAAAAAUUUCCGUGUUCCGUGUUCCGUGUUCCGUAGAAAUAAGUUUUUUCCGUUUUCCGUGUUCCGUGUUCCGUAUAAACUAUGUUUUCCGCGGAAAAAUUCGAUCACAAAUUUUAUGACGUUUUGUGGUCAAAAUUUGAAAAUGUUCGGAUUCGGACCAUAUUCGUGAAAAGUGGAUUCCAUUUUCAGUCGUUUUUUUACUGUAGUUGUUUACUGUUGUGUUGUUGGUUUUGUUAUUUUUAUGAAAUUUUCGGUAAAACUUUCACAUGAGUCAAACAGCUGCCUUGUCAGUCAGAUAAUCGAAUUAAACAAAACAUUAUUUUAAAAAAAAUCACUGGAAUUCUCUUGAAAACGCUUUUUUCCGUGUUCCGUAAAAAAAAAAAUUUCCGUGUUCCGUGUUCCGUGUUCCGUAGAAAUAAGUUUUUUCCGUUUUCCGUGUUCCGUGUUCCGUAAAAAAAAAAAAUUUCCGUUUUCCGUGUUCCGUGUUCCGUAGAAAAAAAAAUUUUCCGUUUUCCGUGUUCCGUGUUCCGUAGAGUAAAAUUUUUAUUCCCAACAUCUCUGAUACAGACCGUUCACCGGAUUCGGAGGAGGCAACGGAGGGUCAGUCUUGUGAGACAUUUUCAUUAUAUUCAUCUCCUAGAACUACCGUAAUCCUACAGUAAGCUCAUUUUCAGGUACUAUGGCGGCGGCGGUGGCGGUGGCGGUCUUUUGUCGCGUCUUUUCGGUUUCCGUAGUCGCGGAUAUUACGGAUAUCCAAACUAUUACGGAGGCGGCGGAGGAUAUUACGGUGGCCAGGGAUACUGUAGAGGUAGUACCGUAAUCCUUUUGUCGUAAGCUACCCUAACCCUUACAGUAUCCCAAUUCGUUGAUUACGUCGGUCAAAUGGCUCGUUUCUACUGCGAUUGUCCGCCGUAUCCGCCCGGUUAUCAGUGGAACACGUGUAGUCCCCCCAUCUAUGCUGGACGAUGA